ACAAACCUAUUCGCUUCAAUAAAUCGGUACACUAGCGAAGGAGAAAUAAAGGGAAAGUUGGAAAUUCCAUUUCGGUCCAAAUUUCUUCUACUUAUUUUGGUUUUGAUGGAGCUGCCUGACGCGUGUGUUCGGUAAUCAUAUGUAGAAACUUAAAACGUGUCUCCCUGUAGAAAUUAUCUAUAUAAGGAAGUUCGUUUUAGGGCAAUUAACAUUGUGAAGUUAUUCAAGAAGAUAGUGGCGAUGUUUUCUUGGCACUCUAAUUUGAGCAACCGCACGAUAGCCCUUACGAUUUUAAUCUGUGUUUUUAUACUAUAUUUUUCCUACUCGUUCAAUUCGUGCCUAAUAUCAAGCAUAAAUAAAACAUUCAAGAAAAUUCCUAUCCGAAACUAUCUAUCUCCGGUCGUGACCACGGAGCCGCCAGAGAUAAAAAUCUUAGGCUCAAUCGUGCGCAUAGUUCCGCUAACCUACAAUUACAGCGAAAUAGAUGGUUCGCCAAAAUAUCGGUUUUUAAGGCAACAAGGACUUCGGCCCUCACGUCACUUGCCUGAUGCCUUAGUAAUAGGCGUGAAAAAAAGUGGAACACGUGCCCUGCUUGAGUUCAUCCGACUACAUCCCGAUGUUCGUGCUGCCGGUUGUGAAGUGCAUUUUUUCGAUAGACAUUACGCAAAAGGACUUCACUGGUAUCGCCGUCAUAUGCCGUACACAAUUGAAGGGCAGAUAACGAUGGAGAAGUCUCCAAGCUACUUUGUGACUAAAGAAGUCCCACAAAGAAUCCAUCACAUGAACCCUGGAACCAAGUUGCUAGUCGUUGUUCGCGAUCCUGUAACCCGAGCAAUUUCUGAUUAUACCCAGGCGACAAGUAAGAAAGCAGAUAUGAAAAAAUUCGAAGAAUUGGCAUUCAUAAAUGGUUCUUAUGAGGUAGUGGAUACUUCUUGGGGUCCUGUAAAAAUAGGUGUCUAUGCUAGACAUUUAGAACGAUGGCUCCAAUAUUUUCCUUUAUCGCAAUUGCUCUUUAUCAGCGGUGAACGGUUAAUUGUCGAUCCUGCUUUUGAAAUUGGCAGAGUUCAGGAUUUUCUUGGCCUGAAACGAGUCGUGACUGAAAAACACUUCUAUUUUAACUCAACUAAGGGGUUUCCGUGCUUAUUCAAAUCGGAAGCUCGCUCAACGCCUCAUUGUUUAGGGAAGACGAAAGGCCGAAAUCAUCCUUACAUUGACCCUGCCGCUAUCGAUCGCCUCAGAGAAUUUUAUAGGCCUUUCAAUAAUAAAUUUUAUCAGAUGACUGGGAUAAAUUUUAGUUGGUUGUGAAAAGUUAAGUUUAAACCUCGAAUUUGUAUAUAUGUAGUUUAAAUUGACUAUUUUAAACGACUUUGCAAUCGAUAGCAAAGUGCCAAACACCUUUUCCGUAAGCUCAAACGAUUGCAUAUCAAUCCAUACAUAGAUUACAUAUUACACAAAGAGUCUGCUGCUCAAUAUGCUGUAACGUAUACAUCGCCUUGUAAAUUAGAAUAACGUUUUCUACUGUAAGCAGAAAAAGUUUGCUAUUCAUCGAAACGGUGACCCGAAUUUUAUUCAGAUUGUUUAUUACCUCAAGGGAAAUAAAGAUGUUCGAAAGCUAUACUGAAAGCAACCACAUGCACUAGGAAACACCAAAAUCAAUCAUUUACAAUAUCCAAAAAAAAGUAAUAUGAAUCAGAGCAACAAUUUAAUUUAAUUUAAUAAUAAUAGAGCAAUCAUUUCAUCACGUAAUUUUUCUAAGGAAAUCCAAAUAUGAGUUUUGAGUUUCCCCCAAAAUUAAUUUAAAGUUUGAUGACUAAAAAUAGAAUGAAAUAGAAGUGCAUUUCGGUGGCUUUUAAUCCUACUGUUGUAGUCGAACUGCUUUUUAAAUGUCAAUACCUGCUUUGCUAUUAUUUUUUUGUUACUUGUAUAAAUGUAAAGGUCUCCCAUAAAGGUCGGGAAGAAAAUGUGUGCGAAGUAGUGGGAUCUUUCCUUCCGUCACCUUAUACUCAGUAAUGACAACGAUCAAUACUUCCAAAAACCAGUCCUAUUUGAAUAGAUAUAGAAGUA